GUGCGUAGUGUGUUUGUAACUACGUUACGACAAAGUCAAACAGUGAACGCGACUGGGUCUGAAUAAUGUUUUUUAUCUGACGCUCAGAUUAUUUUUUAUCUACGAUUUUAAUUUUAUGUAUUAGACAUGUGGUUUGUAUUUCUUCUCCAGUACUGUGUACUGGGAUUAGCACAGGAAAUUCAAAAUACAAACAAUUACCAACCAAAUGAGUAUGGACCAAAUGACCCAGUGAAUAAUUUUAACCCGAACAAUUACAAUCAAAAUCCCAAUGGAUACCCUACAAAUCCCAAUGGAUACCCCACAAAUCCUAAUUUUAAUAUGUACAAUACUGUGAAUUAUAACACCAAUACAUAUGUAGGAAGCAGUGGUUACUAUGAAGAUUUAAAGUGCCCAGAACAUUGGUACCAAUUCCAAGAUUCAUGCUACAGAUUCAUUAAAUCACCCUUAAAGGCAUAUAAUGAAGCAAAGAGGAUCUGUCAGACAUUUUCGGCGGAUAUUAGUGGAUGCGACCUCGUGUCAAUAUCAUCCCCAGAAGAGCAUGGUUUUCUUAUCCACCACUUAAAUUGGAUUGAUCCCCAGCGUCGUAGAUGGUACAUUGGUGCAAACCAACAAAGUGGAAGCUUUUACACAAAUCCAGAUGGUAAACCAUUCAUAAAUAUUGAAAAUGCCAUCUUGCCAGUGCAGGACCCAUAUGGCAAAGAUUAUUUGGCAUAUAAUUUCUCUAGGAACCUCAUGCACUGGGCAUUCCAACCAGUUAGAGGAGAUGAGCCUUUAUUAUUUAUUUGUGAGGCUCACAUACAGGCUGUACAAAGAUUGGUUACUGAUGAGAGGAGCUACACGUAUGGUAUUGAUAUUCAAAAUCCAGAUAGAAUUCCGAGAGGGCCUUAUUUCAUUAAACAACCAGUUGAUGCCACUUUUGAUACAUCUAAAAGGAAUUUGUACAAUGAUAUUAGCUUAAGUUGUUUAGCUGGUGGUUAUCCCACACCCACUUAUGAGUGGUUCAGGGAGAAUUAUGAAAAUGAUAGACUGGUUGCAAGGAAAAUAGAUCCCUUGGUUGACGACCGUUACACAAUAAGUGGAGGAAUGUUGAUUAUAAAUAAUCCCCAGCAAAAAUUGGAUCAUGCAACAUACCAUUGCAAAGCAUCAAACCGAUUUGGCACAAUAAUUUCCGAAAGUGUUCAGUUGAAUUUUGGUUUCAUCCUCGAAUUCGUACUGAAGCGCUCUCCUGAGACAGGUGAUCAAAAUUGGGGUAAAUCAAUCUAUUGUGAUCCCCCAAAUCACUUCCCUUCAGUAAAAUAUUCCUGGUCCAGGGACUAUUUUCCAAAUUUCGUCGAAGAAGAUAAAAGAGUUUUCGUUUCAAAUGAUGGAGCUUUAUAUUUCUCAGCUUUAGAAACUAUUGACAGGGCUAAUUACAGUUGUAGUGUCCAGUCUGAUUUUUCAGAAUCUGGUAGGAAUGGUCCAUUUUUCCCAUUGAGAGUGAAUCCUCACUCCAACUAUCAACAGCUGAAGUUCCCUAAUAAUUUCCCUAAGGCCUUUCCAGAAGCUCCCACAGCUGGAAAGGAUGUGAGACUAGAAUGUGUGGCAUUUGGAUACCCUGUGCCAAGUUACAAUUGGACUAGAAAAGAUGGACAACUCCCAAAACAUGCCUAUUUAACUAGUUUUAAUAGGGUGUUGAUUAUACCUAAGGUACGAGUUGAAGAUGAAGGUGAAUACAUAUGCAGAGCAUACAACGACCGCGCAAGUACUGAACACAGCGUUGUCUUAAACAUUCAAGCUGAACCAAAUUUCACCAUUCCACUGACUGACAAACACAUAGACAAAAAAAGUCAGCUGGUUUGGACCUGCGAAGCUUUCGGCAUCCCCGAUGUAAAUUAUACGUGGUGGAAGAACGGACGUCAAUUGGUAAUGGGAUAUCUUGAACCUGAAGACGCAGCUAGAAUUAAAAUUCAAGACAAUGUUUUAACAAUUAACUAUUUGGACGAUGAAAGAGACCCAGGAAUGUAUCAAUGUAGGGCUUCCAAUACUUUAAAAACCACAUAUUCUUCCGCCCAAUUACGAGUAUUAGCAUUUAAACCCUCGUUCAAGAAACGACCAUUGGAGUCUGAAACGUAUGCUGCAGAACAAGGUAACGUCACUUUAAAAUGUAAUCCAGAAGCUGCACCUCGGCCCAAAUUCAUCUGGCUCAAGGAUGGAAAUCAGAUAGGGCCGGGAGGACACAGAAAAAUAUACGAGAACGGUAACCUGUUAAUUAGUCCGGUAUCACGAGACGACGAAGGUGUUUACACUUGUCGGGCAACGAACGAAUUGGGUGUGGACGAGUCAAAAGGAAGACUGAUUGUAUUACGCGGCCCUCGACUUAUUGAACAACUUAAUCCGAGAAUCGUGGCGAACGUGGGCGCCAACAUCGAUUUACGUUGUUAUGCGGUCACUGAUGAGAUGUUAGACGUUGCAUACAUUUGGACUCACAAUGGAAUGACGAUCAGGGAUAUAGACGUUAAAAAUUCUUACAACAGACUAAAGGUGGAUGGUGGUUAUUUGAGGAUAAUCAACGCUACCUUCUCAGAUGCAGGAGAAUACAAGUGUGUAGUAAAAUCAGCUGUUGGCAGAAUCUUUUCGAAGUCGGACUUGAUCGUUGAAGGGCCACCAGGACCUCCGGGAGGCGUCCAAAUCGUUAGUAUACAAAAGAAUUCUGCCACAAUCAGAUGGACUGACGGUGCUAAUCACGGUUCUCCAAUUCAAUUGUACACAAUCAGUGGUAGAACACUGUGGAACAGCACAUGGGUGAACAUUUCCGAAGGAAUUGAUGCCAGGGAAAUUGACAGGUACACGGGAAGGAAGGAAACCACGAUAGAGAAUACAAACAGUAACUGGUUAACUCCUUGGUCCGUUUACGAGUUUAGAGUAGCAGCUAUUAAUGCUUUGGGCGUUGGUCCACCGUCAGCUCCAAGUCCACGGCAAUCAACACCUGCUGACAGACCCUACAUUGCACCAAGAAAUAUUGGAGGUGGAGGCGGAAAGAUUGGGGAUCUUACCAUCACAUGGACACCACUUAGACCCGACGAACAAAACGGAAACGGUAUUCACUAUAAGAUAUACUGGAAACGUAAGGAUUAUGAGACGGAAUUCCAAAGCAAAACGUUAAAAGAGUUUGGCAAUAUUGGAAAAGCUGUAGUCCACAUCCCCAUGGAGUUUUAUUACACUGAAUACGUGGUAAAAGUUCAAGCAAUAAACGACAUUGGUCCAGGCCCCAUUAGCCAUGAGAUUAUCAUUUAUUCUGCUGAAGACAUGCCUCAAGCAGCACCACAGUUAGUGGUAGCAAGAUCCUACAACUCGACGGCUUUAAAUGUCAGUUGGGUGCCCAUUUCGCAAACAAGAGAACAAAUCCGGGGCAAACUCAUUGGUCAUAGGCUCAAGUAUUGGAAGAAAGACUCCAAUGAACAAGACAGUGUUUAUUAUCUUUCAAGAACAACCAGACCUUGGGCUGUUAUUGUUGGUUUGCAGCCGGACACUUAUUAUUUCGUCAAAGUCAUGGCCUACAAUGCAGCUGGAGAAGGUCCCGAGAGUGAAAGGUACUUAGAAAGGACGUACAGGAAGGCACCUCAAAAACCGCCGUCGUCCGUGCAUAUUUAUGCGAAGGACCCUUCUACUCUCAAAGUUGUGUGGCGUUACGUUCAACCAUCGUUGGAGGAAGAACCACUGCAAGGAUACAAGAUUCGUGUUUGGGAAAUGGAUCAAGACUUGAGUACUGCGAACGACACAAUUAUACCAUUUGGUGGUAAAUUAGAAGGAUACGUGCACAAUUUGUCUCCGGGAAAAGCAUACAAACUUCGUGUCCUCGCCUUUUCUAAUGGUGGCGAUGGAAGGAUGAGUUCACCAGAGCUCACAUUCCAAAUGGGUGAUCCAAAAAAUUACAGGAGUGGAAGUGAAGGUUCUGCCAUGAGUUUCUUAGUACUAAUCGUUACAAUUUGCCUUAGUAUAUACAAUAACAUAAACAUAAAUGUGAUUUAAAUUAAUCUCAUAUCAUUAUUUUAUUUUUUAAUGCAAUAUUUUUCCGAUCCGUCUUUAUAGUAUUGUACAAAAGUAUUGUGUAUAUAAGUUUUUAGAUUCGUACAUAAUAGCAUAGCUAAUUAGAAAUAGUAUUACAAAAUGUGUUAUUAAAAUCCGUCCAUUUAUAUAUAAUGUUUAAGUUUUGGAGGCACUGCAUCAUGGUACUAAAUAUUAGAGCUUGGCAUUCGAAUAUUUAUUGAAUAUUCAAAUACUUUUGAAUACAUAUUUGAAUAUUAAAGUAUUUGAAUUUUCAUACUCAAAUUAUAUAGAAUUUAUACAUCAUUUAAGAUGUUUAAUUAUAAUUCGUAAUAAAAAAUUAAUUUUAUUUAAAAUUGUUGAAAAAUAAAAAUCUUUUUAUUACGCAACUAUUGAAAUGACCGAAAUUUUAUUCAAAUGUUCGAAUUAUCUUAUUGAUACGUUUGAAUUCUGAAAUUCCGCACUAAAAAUGUAUUGUAAAAUUUUGCACAGUUUAAAUAAUUCUGACGCACUGUUAGCCAACAAAGUACAAACAUUAAACAAAAUCGAUUUAGUCUAAUGUAUUGCAUGCCUUAUCAUCUACAAUGAAGCAAAAUAUAGUACCUGUACAUAAAUAAAUUUAUCUAUAUACAUCAAAAUUAUAGACUGCAGUUAAAACUUCGUAUGUAUAGUUAUGAAUGCAUUUAAUCUGUUUUUAUUUUGCUUCAUCGUGAAAUGUUGAAGUUAUAUUAAAUAUUUUUUAUAUUUACCUUUUUCAAUAAAAUUUUUACACUAA